CCAAAAAGACUCGGCCUAUUCGCAUACGGGACGCUGACCAUGGACGCAGUCAUGAAAACACUGCUGGACCGCGUCCCGCCGUCGCAGCCGACGGCGGCCCCCGGCUGGCGCGCCGCGGGGCUGCCUGGCCUUCCCUACCCCGGCCUCGUCCGCGACGCCAGCGCCAGCGCUCCCGGACGGGUAUACCACGACCUCACAGCACGCGAGUGGUUGGUACUCGACGCGUUCGAGGACGGCGCGUACGACGUCGCGGCCGUUGCACUCGCCGACGGGCAGGGCCAGCAGCGCGCCGUGGCGUACGUGUGGCCGGCCGAAACGCCAGCGCUCGCAAGCACGUGGACGCCCGACGCCGUCGAUGUUGCCGCGUAUGUGUCGCGCUGCGGCGCGUGGCGGCGGGAGUGGGAGGCGAGU